AUGAAUAAACAAGACCAGUGUUGUUCAUUUUACAGGUCUAUAUUUGAAUUGGUGGAAUCUCAUAAGUACCUGGAAUUAACUGACCAAAGGCUGCUGCAGUGGUACCUCCGUUUGAAUUGUGAAGACAGAAAGAUUAUACAAGACGGAGGAGGGUUGCGCUGGUUCUUGGUGAGACAUCCUGCCCUGGAGCUGUCUCUGCAUCAUGUUUAUGUGAAGCACUUGGAGAUGCUUCCCAAUGCGAGAGACCCUUUCCAUUUUGGCAAUAGCAGCAGCGGAGAUGGAUCACAACAACGUCAACAUGAGGAAACCUUGCGCACCGAACCGCUCCUCAAGCCGCAGCAAAGCUACCAAUCCGCUUUCAGCAAGUUCUACUCGCAUGAAGCAACCGAUCAGAGGGAGUCAUCCCGUCUAUAUGAACAAAGGCCGAUGUCCAGCAGCAGUACCAGCAGCUUCGCCGUAUGCAAAGAUCCAGCAGCCCUGGCCAACUUAUCUCUGGACAUGGAUCUGGAAAGAAGCCAACCGUGGGGAGAGCCGAAGAGCCAGAUGUCGAGGCCCCAAGGCCAGAGUGCUUACGACACACAUGCUGAAGUCAGUCCAUCACCAUCAGAAUGGCCAAAUAUUGAAAAAAACACUCCUGAUUAUUACAGUGUUGACAGCAUUCAGAUGGAUGGCACAGAGUACAAUGACAGGAGCGCCAUCCACUCAGACGGACAGACCAUCCCAUCUCUGGUUGAGGAAAGCAGCACAAAUGAAGGAUGCUUUGAAGAUCAAGGUCACAUCUUCUAUAGCAUCAUGGAGAACGAUGAGAGCAUACUCGCCUAUGAAACCUGUCACGAUAUGAAAGCUCAUAACAACGGGCUACACUCAGUUGAUGGUGAAGCUCUGGCAGCCAGCAGUGACACCUGGAUGACUGCAGAAAAGCACAUCUCCUCUACACCACGGGUUACUACCUGUGACGUGAUGGUUGGCACUGAGAUGCCACUGUGCACGUCAGCCGACACCCAAACUACGGGCCCAGAAACAGCUGACAAACAUAUCAAUACUGAAGUCCAUAUGGUAGAUCUGGACUCAAUUGUAAAGGCAUUUACCAAACUCCAGGAAAAAGGGAAAAGUUUGGCUUGUAAACUGAGAAAGGAACGUCAGUGUUUGCAGCGUGCGGAGCUGAGCCUCCUGGCCCUGCAUUACAGCAUGUGCAGACGGCACUGCUCCACCCUGAACGACUCCUCCGCUGAGGGAGGCCUGCUCGCCCCACAGCCCAGUAACCCUCCUGCAAACAUUGCUACUGUUCUGCAAAAACUGGAGUGUGACUAUAAAGCGAUGAGGGAUCAGAUCCUGGCAGGCGUCCCUCUGGAGCAGCAGAAGCCUCUCUCUGUUGAUUCUGAGAAGACAACCACGAGUUACAUCCCUGCUCAGAUGGUUGGUGAUGUGCUGGGAAAUGUUCCAUCAGGGAGCUCCCAGGAACCGCAGAAACAUGACACCUCACCAAGUGAAGACACUGCAUGUCCUGAUGAUCAAAUCAGAAGUGAAUGCCAGCAGAGUAACAAUGAGGAAAAACAAAUGAACAAGGAGAAGGCUGUCCCCCAGGAUAGAGAUGCUACCCAUAAUGCACACAAGCCAGAAGAAAAGCAGACACCAGCUGCAUGUAAAGAUGUCAGCACAUUGGAGGCGUGGUUCGAUGCUGAAGAAGACCUGCAGCCUGCAUCAGCUGCUGAGACCGAGCCGGACCCUACGGUGAUCACAACAGAUCAGACCAGUGAAUCCGGCAGCAAGGAGGUGGAGAGCUCGUUACUUUGUGUUUCAAACCUGCCCAGUAACGCCUCAGAGUGUGAUGUGAUGCAGUGGUUUGAGAAAUACCAUGCCUCUGAAGUCAGCAUCUCUGCUUUAAAGAACGAUUUGAGAGUUGCCAUAGUGAUGAUAAGUGGAGCCCAAUCUGCCGAGGCUGCAGUGAGAGAGCUGAAUGGCAGCAGCAUGCACGGCCAUGCUCUACAUGUGGAGCACAUCAACAGAGCCAGGGAUGAGACCCAGAACCAGGACCAGGACCAGGCCUCGGGCACCGUGAGGGGGCCGGAGUCCGCCCAAACAGAAACCUCCAAGUCUGACUCCAGCAGCGCAGACAGAAAGCUGAUCAGUCAGCCGCCGCUGAGCUCCAGCCUGAGGGCCAGGAGGGUGGUGUGCGUCUCGCCCACAGCGAAGGUAACCAUGGUGCAGGAGAACUACUGCACCUUGGGAGGCCUCAACACCCUGAUUACGGAGCUCACUCAGCUCCACCCGGGCGUCUCCAGGCAGAGGUUUUUGGAUGCUCUGCUGGAGCUGAAGGCCAAACACAAGGGCGUCCUCUGCGGCCUGCCGCUCCGCACCAUCAGGGAGAUGACCUCUGACCUCAUCACCGGGCCAGAGAGCGCCACACAGCUAUGAAGAAGCAGUCUUUACAGUUAUUUGUUGAAAAAGCAUCAUUACAUCUCCAGUUUAUUCUUUACAACUCGAGUAGUUCAGAGGGAGAAAUUCACCUAAAGGAAUUGGGUUUUCUUUAAAAGAUUUGUUACAUUCUACUAAUAGUUUUGUCAUUUCCAGUUGAGUUGUAUAUUCAAAAGAUGCUUCAUAGAAAGUUCUAGUUAUUUAUUUGGCAUACAGUUACUUGCAUACAGUUUUAUAUGCAUCAGCUUUGUUUGCAUUUGAUGUCCUCUUGCUUUGUUUGUAUUUGAUGAGCUCUAUCAAUAAAAAGGACACAACAUUUGCCCACCUUAAA